AUUGUUAAUCAUGUGUAGUAAAGGGACAUGAGGGCUAGCAUGAGUCAUUUAUAGAGCCAGUCAGAGCUAGAAAAGAGAGAGAAAGAAAGAGGAGGGGAAGAGAUCAAACAAACACCGUGAGGAGCAGGAUGCCCCAGCAAGACAAAGCCAGGCUGUGAGCAUCAUGUAUGUGAGUUACCUUUUGGAUAAAGAGACCAGCAUGUAUCCAGGACCUGCAAGGUGCAGCAACAACAACCUGCCAGUGCAGAACUUUGUGCCUGCUCCCCCCUACUCAGACUACAUGGGGUAUCACCACGUGCCAGCUCCAGACAGCCACGGACAGCCCGCGGGAACCUGGGGACCCCACUACGGCCCCCAGAGGGAGGACUGGAACGCUUACGGCCCGUGCCCAGGGCCCUCCGGCACGGCUGCUGCCGCACAGCUCAGCGGCUCCUCUCCUGGGCAGGGCUCCUACAGUCCAGCUGAGUACAGCUCCCUCCAUCCCGCUGCACCCGGGGGGUUACCUCCUGCAGGCACCGUUGGCACACAGCAGGUCUCACCCACCAACCAAAGGCACAGCUCUUACGAAUGGAUGAGGAAAACGGUGCAAUCCACUUCUACAGGUAAAACAAGAACAAGAGAGAAGUACCGAGUGGUUUACACAGAUCAUCAGAGAUUAGAAUUAGAGAAGGAAUUUCAUUACAACAGAUACAUUACAAUCAGGAGGAAGUCUGAACUUGCUGCAAACCUAAGACUUUCCGAGAGACAGGUGAAAAUCUGGUUCCAGAAUCGCAGAGCCAAAGAAAGAAAAUUAAUGAAGAAGAAAAUGACUCAUUUUGAUGGCAGCAAUCUUGGCUCUAUGCAGAGUGACUCUGGCUCAGUGAGCCCGAUGCCAGCUCCUGACCAACAGACUCACUCAGAAAUGCCCAGCUCUUUGUUCCCUCCUCCACCUCCUCCAGCUCCGCUUCCGAUGAAUGGCCUGCAGCACACUGGGAACCUGCAGCAGGUGGUGGCCUCUCAGUAAGACUGGCUGAGGAGCUACUGCUAUGAACUACCGGUACACAGAGCACUACAGUAUGAAAGAGAACAUCUGCAGUGGUUUUGCAGGGGUCCCCAGCAUGACACAGUUCUGUGCACACAAGCUUCAAGUUCAAUAAAUCAAGAGUCACUUGCCGGGUCUGCAGGAUAGUGCAAGUUCCCAGUGGCACUGGAACUGCUGUGUGUCAGGAGUCCUAGCUGCAGAGAGCCUCGCAAGAAAACACCACAAGCCAAGCAUCCCUGCAGUAGGUGGGCAGGCACUGGGGAGGAGGAGAGCCAAGGGCUAGAGGGGCCACUUGUCAACCGUAUUCUGUGAACAAACAAAAGCACAAACCCUAGGUAAAGAGCGCAUUCCUUCUCCUUCCAUCUCCACACAGGUUCCAUGUACUAAUCUCACUUUCAUCGACACUACGCAUGGACCUUGAUAAAUGAAAACCUGGGUUAAUUGUCUUGACCCACUUGAUGGACAGCCUGAGUUGUGGUGGUUGCACUCAUUAUGUUUUAAGGGUAAAGGUCACAGAUGAGCUUUUUGGAUUUGUUUUACUUUGACAGGUAUGAUUUCCAAUGCUCCCUAUACUGGUAUAAACGUGCAUACAUCAAUCUUACCAUAAGGGUUUUGAAAACAUUAUGGAAAUAUGAAUCUUGGCCUAAGUUCAUUUUUGGUGGAGACUGCAUUUUGUCGGACAGCAUAACCCCUGGACAAAGAUGCAAUACUUGCAUUCAACUAAUUUUAUAUGUGGAGUGGUUUUCAGAGCUAUUGUGAUACUAAAAAAAAAGGUAAAAAUCUGAAAAGCUAAAUUAAUAGAAGACAAAGCAAAAAUAUUUUACCUGGAUAUAAGAUCCUGCCAAUUUCUAAGUAGGCGUGUAAUACUAAUCUCCUAAACCUACAUCUGAGAAUCUAAAUAGGAGGUUCCAAUUCCCAGAUGCUGAUCCCUUCCACACUAAGAAGACUUGGGAAGAUAACUGCUACUUAAGAAUAAUCUGGAUAUCUGCGUUCUGAGUUGACCACCAAUUACACAUACAUAACCUCUGACUGCAAAGAGAAAAUUUUUGAAGCACUCAGGUAAUUUGGGGAUUUAUACUCCCCUUUGCCAAAAGCUAUUUGGAAGUUUAGGAUGCUUAUCCUCACAAAUUUCCAUCGAAGCGUCCUCCUAAAUAUCUCCAACACUGUUACAAAUAAGACUGAGGAACAUUAAGUCAUUUCGGCACUACGUUCUUUUUUUUUUUUUUUUCUUAAUUAUAACAAAUAGUACUAUUAGAUCAACAAAAUGUAGGUAAUGUAAAGUUACUUUGUAUAUAGAGAACAUAAAAAUAAAUGACGUUUUCAAUAAUCAUUUGCCAAUGUGAUAUUAGCUACUGUAGAAAAUGAACACAAUUUUCACAAACAUUCUGUCACUGAAUUGCAGCAUCAAGCUGAAAAGCAGGGGGAUGCUUAGAAAAAAACAGAGAAUGGUAAAACCAGGCUGACUCAGGGAGAUGGCAGUUUUCACUCUCUCUCUUAAUUUUACUUAGGAUUUUCUGGUUGUAACAAGGACAGCACGAAAGAAGAGUAAACUUAAAAGGGAUAUACAUCCACACUGUAAAAUUCCCACACUUUUCCUUCCCUUGUGCUGCUAGCAAGAGUACUUUGAAGCUUUGAGUUGGUAAGAUAAGCCAAAUUAGAUGAAGAAACUCAAUUACAAUACAAUUCAAAGUUCAGCAACAGAAAAACUUGUAGUGCUUUUCACUUAUUAUGAAAAGCAGAACAUGACAAAUAGCACUUAUGAACAGGAGUGAUUUAACAUCCACACUGAUGAGCACAGCUGUCAAACUGAAACAUUGAUCUCCCAAAAGAGAUACUUACUGCAUACAUCUAAAAGAAGAAUCCAUUGGAAAUGCAUAGAACAGACAUUCUGCCUACAGAGGGAAAUGCUACAGAUAUCUUACAUACAGUUCAUAUGCAUAUUUUAACUUAACUGAUAUUGAAAAAGGUUCAAAGAGAAAAGCAAUCUCAAUUUGGCACUUAAACAGAAUUAAGAUUGCAUAUCAAAGAAAAAAAUCAGUAAAAACAUCCAGAUUUACAAUUUAAAACUUGUCAGAAUACAGAAAGCAGCUUUGUUUUUUUGUAAUGAUAUACAAUAAUUUGAUACCUAAUUCUAGCUAAAUGCACCAGAGCCCCAGGAUUUUGCAGGAUCAAGUUCAUUGUUAGCUUUUAAUCACAUUUCCAUGACAUAGUUUGAUUCUGUAAUUGAUUUUUUUAAUAAUAUAUUUUUAAAACAUUCUUAAAAACUAUAAGAAAAUAAAUCUGAACUCAACUUCUUUCUCUUUAAAAUUAUUUAAACAUAAUUCAAAGAGUGAGGGAUCUGGCAAAAUGACCCGUUUUAUCUUGUUUACAUGUAGAAGAGCUAUUGAGGAAGAUAAGUGACUACUUUGAAGAUCUGCCUCAUUUCUGCCCCAGUUUGCUGAAAGCAUGCUUGCUAUAGGUUGCUAUGUGUUUCCAAUCAGAAGUUGUUAAGUACACAAAAUAAGGCUGGAUUUUAUUUGCAGAAGCACAUGUUCAAAGGUUAAAAUUUAUUGCUCCAAAAGCAGUAUCUAUAAACCAGGGCAAUACCUUAGGGAUUAUUAACCCUCUAGUUAUGCCAGUGAUUGUUUUACGUGGUUUAAUGUUUUUUGUUUUUUUUUUUUUAAACUUACUAGCAAUCUACUCAAAUAAGUAUUUUCCAAUGUGCUUUAAUCCUUUAAAAAGUUGUCCACCAAAAAAACAGUAAGCUAUUUUUCAUUAAAAAGCUUGUAAAGUACUGUUGCAUAGCUAAACAAAAAUGAGAUUAAUCAAAUUGGAGGCAAAUAACUGGAAAGAUUUUGGUCCAACAUUUUGAGUCAUGAAAUACCUCAGAACACAACUUGCUUGCCUUCCAAUGCCGGGCAUAUCAUGUAACCUAUCACUUUUAGCACAUCUAUAAAACUAGGGACACUGAAGCAGAGUUGCUGCGAAGAUUGAUUGGUUGUUAGCAAAGCAUCUUGAAGAAGAAAAGCAUACCGUGGGCUACAUCACAGGAAUAUCUAAGCCCUUAAUCCUAAUUGUGAUUAAAGCAACGAUCAAGGUAUAUGCAAUUUUCAGAGGAAUUCAGUAACCGUUAAACCCCAUUACCCAGAAAGAAGUGUAUGGUACAAAAAGAUCAAGAACAUACCAGGCAGAAUAUCCUACAAAAACUUCAUGCAGCUAAGAAAGCCAUACAAUUCAAAAUGACACUUCCAAACAAAAGAAAAAAAAAUUCAGAUAGACAAAUAUAUUCAUUCCAGAUGUUAAUACAAAAAAAAAAAAAAAAUCAUGCUCCUAGCAUCCUUCAAGCAUCCUUAUUCAGUUUGCUGGUGCAGAACAGGAUUGCUCCAAGCCACACUUCCAGAUCCAGAGUGUGCACUGUGAUGGUACAUCUCUGAACGACUUCGACGGCCGGUCACAUUUUGGAAAUGGCACUGGAUGUUAUUAGUGGGACUCAAAAUUGUGUUGACAUCACUAUUAAAAGAAUAGGCGCUGUUUUAAUGGUGAAAAUGUUUCCCAGCUGUUUUCAUGAUCAAAGAGCACAAAUAACUUUUUUGUACAUUUUGUAAUAAACAAUUCUGUGAAGUAUCUCAAAAUGGAGAGGCUUAACUUAGAUUUAUCCUGCAUGC